UACCGCGCGCGUUCCCGAGCUAGCUACUUGCAAAUCUCUUUGCACAAGAAAUGAUAAUAUCGCUGGCACGUCAAACGAUAACAGCACGAAUAACCGUUCUUAUCAUUUUUUUUUUCUAUUUUCCUCUCUCUUUCUCUAUUUAUUUUUUCUUUCUUUAUUUAAUCCCUGCCAUUUGUUGUCUCCUCUCUUUAAUAAUUUCCUUCAUUUUCUCUCUCUCUCUCUCUCUCUCUCCCUAUCUUUUUCCCUUCUCUUUUUUCAACUUCUCAAUUAUUUGCGCUGUUGUUACAGUGAGCAUCACCAGCUUUCAGGUUUGAAGUGUGCCGCGACUGCGGUUUCGAUCCUGCGCUCUUCGCUUUUUCGAGGCGUUCGAUCAAGUCAAGAGAGCGCCUCCAUUUUGACAGUACGUCGGCGAGAUCGCGUGGAACACGCGGAACAUCUGCGUGCCUAUUUUCGUUGGCUAGUGCGGCAGACAGAGGUACUGAUCUCUGUUAGUACGGGCGUACAGAAGAUAAUACUGUGUCUGUGUGCUAUCUUACACGCGAAGUUUCCUUACGAAUACAGCCUGAGUGCAACGCAUCAUGGCGGGGGAAACCAGAUGGAUGCCAUGUCAGCUGAAAGUUGAAACGAAUUUGUGCAACGGCGAUUACGAUGGCAUUAUUCUGGUGUCAGGAAAUCCUCCUGGCUGCAACGAGCCGGAACCCUUCAAAACCGUCCUUUACGCUGCUGCCCAGAUCGAUGCUGCACUGGGCGUGAUCGGCGCGGUUUUGCCCAUCAAUUUGCUCGCAAAAAGGCUCAUUUACAGUCCAACGGGUCCGUUUAACAUGGAUUAUCACGAUGUGCGGAGCUUCGCAGAAGCUGCCACGAAGGGAAUAAAGCGAGCUUUACAAGCUGGUGUGAAGUGUCCUUUAUUAGUGCUGUUGCCGGAUGACCGUUUAGAGAACGUUGAGCUGGUCACGCUUCUUGGUGCACUCGAGGCUCUCUACGUGCCUUUGGAGGUGCGAGAGAUAUGUCCGGAUCGGCUUUACAAAGUGUGUCAGCUCGGAGUGUGGAGUCCGAUUUGCCCUAAGAAGCUUCAGGGUAUCGUGAAGCUCGCCUCAGCGCUCGAGAGUGGCAGAUACGUCGCGAGGGACAUUGGAGGCGCAGAUCCCGAAAGAAUGGCACCUCCACGAGUGGAGGAGUAUCUGGCGGAGCUGUUUUGCGGAUCGAAUAUCACGAUGCAAGUGAUAUCCGAUCAGGACACGCUGCUUCAGGAAUAUCCGUUGUUCGCCUGUGUAAAUCGCGCCGCCUCGGUGAUACCGCGUCAUGCCGGUAGGAUUAUAUUUUUGACCUACGAGCCGCCCGCCUGCGUCUUGGAGACGAUCAUGCUCAUAGGAAAGGGUGUCACUUACGAUACCGGUGGCGCCGACAUCAAGUGCCAGGGUAUCAUGGCAGGCAUGUCAAGGGACAAAUGCGGCGCGGCCGCCUGCGCCGGAUUCAUGCAGACGGUGAAUUUAUUGCAACCACCGACGGUGAAGGUCGUCGCCGCAUUGUGCGUGGUAAGAAAUAGCAUAGGCGAGAACUGUUAUGUCGCCGAUGAAGUGAUAACGGCGAAAUCCGGCGCGAGGGUACGCGUGGGCAACACGGACGCCGAGGGCAGGAUGGCUAUGGCCGACGCUCUGUAUCAUCUUAAAGAAAUGGCCCUGUGUUCCGUGAACCCGCAUCUCUUUACAGUAGCCACGUUAACAGGCCACGCAAUGUUAUCCGCCGGGCCAGGAUAUUGCAUUGCGAUGGAUAAUGCGGUGGCACGACUAUGCAGUAAUGCGGAGAAGCUUCAAGCUUCCGGCGAAACAAUGGGCGACCCGUUUGAAAUAUCGCGAAUACGUAGAGAGGAUUUUUGCAGCCAUGAAGGAAGAGCGGAAGGUGACGACAUUCUUCAAGCGCUGAAUCAACCUAGUUCCAAAACUCCGCGAGGUCAUCAAGGACCGGCCGCCUUCUUAAUUAAGGCGUCUGGAUUAGACAAGCAUGGUAUUGGAUCAGAGAAGCCUGUAAAAUACAGUCACUUGGACAUAGCCGCCAGUGCCGGUGAACUACCCGCACAACCAACCGGUUCUCCGAUUUUAGCAUUAGCCAAAGCAUUUCUUUUUGACAAAAUAGAUACUGCGGACGCCAAAGAUCCGUGAUACAUUAAUGCCAACUGACUUAUAUAUAUAUAUAUUUGUUACAAUAUAUUUUAAAUAAUUAAUAUUUGAAUUAUGCACUUUUGCGCGUAAAGAACUUUGGGCAUAAACUGGAGGUGGAAAUAACGAUUAAUCAUCCAUAAAUCCUUGAUUCUCAGAGGUUUUGGAAGCUGUAACAUAAAUUUCAAUCGUAAACGAUUAUGCUGGGAUCAUUUGCAAUGGAAGAUUUAUUAAUAAAUAUUACAGGCAUGGAAUUAGAA